AGCCUGAACGACUCCCACAACCAGAUGGUCGUUCACUGGGCGGGCGAGAAGAGCAACGUCAUCGUGGCCUUGGCCAGAGACAGCCUAUCCUUGCUGGGGCCCAAGAACAGUGACGUCUACGUGUCCUACGACUACGGGAAGAGCUUUAAGAAGAUUUCAGAGCGAUUCAGUUUCAGCAACGGGAACACGAGUGAGGUGGCCAUAGCCCAGUUCUACCACAGCCCGGCCGACAACAGGAGGUACAUCUUCGUGGACGCCUUCGCCCCGUUCCUCUGGAUCACCACUGACUUCUGCCGCAGCGUGCAGGGCUUCGCGAUUCCCUUCCGGGCGGCGGAGCUGCUCCUGCACGGCCGCAGCCCCAGCCUCGUCCUGGGAUUCGACCGCUCGCAUCCCAACAAGCAGCUCUGGAAAUCAGAUGAUUUUGGCCGGACGUGGAUAAUGAUUCAGGAGCACGUGAAGUCUUUCUCGUGGGGUGUGGAGCCUUUCGAUAAGCCAAACACGGUGUACAUAGAGCGGCACGAACCUUCUGGGGCCUCCACUGUCAUUCGCAGCACUGAUUUCUUCCAAACCCGAGAAAAUAAAGAGAUAAUCCUGGAAGAGGUGGAGGACUUCCAGCUCAGGGACAAGUAUCUGUUUGCCACAAAGUCUGUGCGCCCGCCAGGCAGCUCGCAGCCGGCCUCCGUGCAGCUCUGGGUGUCCUUCAACCGCAGGCCCAUGCGGCUGGCCCAGUUCGUCACCAAGCAUCCCAUUAAGGAGUAUUACAUCGCGGACGCCUCCGAGGACCAGGUGUUCGUGUGCGUCAGCCACGACAACAACCGCACCAACCUGUACAUCUCGGAGGCGGAAGGCCUCAAGUUCUCUCUGUCUUUGGAGAACAUCCUCUACUACAGCCCUGGAGGCGCGGGCAGCGACACCUUGGUCAGGUAUUUCGCCACCGAGCCCUUUGCUGACUUCCACCGCGUGGAGGGCGUGCGUGGCGUGUACAUCGCGACGCUGCUUAACGGCUCGCUGAGCGAGGAGAACAUGCGCUCCGUCAUCACCUUCGACAAGGGCGGCCCCUGGGAGCUGCUGCGCCCGCCGGCGCGCACGCGCUACGGCGGGCUGAGCCAGCUGCUCAACUUCCAGCUGCGCAGGAUGCCCAUCCUCUCCAAGGAGUCGGCGCCCGGGCUCAUCAUCGCCACCGGCUCCAUCGGCAAGAACAUGGCCAGGAAGACCAACGUGUACGUCUCGAGCAGCGCGGGAGCACGAUGGAGAGAGGCGCUCUCCGGCCCCCACUACUACACGUGGGGCGAUCACGGCGGCAUCCUGGUGGCGAUCGCGCAGGGCACCGAGACCGACCAGCUCAAGUACAGCACGAAUGAAGGGGAGACAUGGAAGACGUUCACCUUCUCGGAGAAGCCGGUGUUCGUGUACGGCCUGCUCACCGAGCCGGGGGAGAAAAGCACCGUAUUCACCAUCUUUGGCUCGUACAAGGAGAACGGGCACAGCUGGUUGAUCCUGCAGAUCAACACCACCGAUGUGCUGGGGGUGCCUUGCACGGAAAACGACUACAAGCUCUGGUCCCCCUCCGACGAGCGGGGCAAUGAGUGCUUGCUGGGGCAUAAAACAGUCUUCAAGAGGAGGACUCCUCACGCGACGUGUUUCAAUGGGGAAGAUUUCGACAGGCCUGUCAUGGUCUCCAACUGCUCCUGUACAAGGGAAGACUUUGAAUGUGACUUUGGCUUUAAACUGAGCGAGGACUUAGCACUAGAAGUUUGCGUCCCCGACCCCGAGUUUGCUGGAAAACCGUAUGAGCCGCCAGUACCCUGCCCUGUUGGCUCCACUUACAGGAAGACACGAGGCUACCGGAAGAUCUCUGGGGACACGUGCGCAGGGGGAGACAUCGAAGCGCGUCUGGAAGGGGAGCUGGUGCCCUGCCCGCUCGCUGAGGAGAACGAGUUCAUCCUGUACGCGACACGCUACUCCAUCCACCGCUACGACCUGACCUCGGGCGUCAGCGAGGAGCUGCCCCUGGCCGGGCUGCGCGGCGCCGUCGCCCUCGACUUCGACUACGAGCGCAACUGCUUGUACUGGGCCGACGUCACCCUGGACAUCAUACAGCGUCUUUGUCUCAAUGGCAGCUCCGGGCAAGAAAUAAUUGUAAGCACUGGCCUGGAAAAAGUGGAGGCUUUGGCCUUUGAACCUCUCAGUCAGCUGCUUUAUUGGGUUAAUGCCGGGAUUCCAAAAAUUGAGGUUGCCAAUCCAGAUGGAGACUUGCGAUUUACUGUCCUCAACUCCUCAAUUCUGGAGCGCCCCAGAGCCCUGGCUCUGGUUCCCCGGGAAGGGCUGAUGUUCUGGACCGACUGGGGAGACUCCCGGCCCGGCAUUUACAGAAGCGACAUGGACGGCUCGUCGGCCGGCUGCAUCGUUGCCGAGGGCGUGCGGUGGCCCAACGGCAUCUCCGUGGACGACCACUGGAUCUACUGGACGGAGGCCUAUAUGGACAGGAUCGAGAGGGUCAACUUCAACGGCCUCCAGCGAUCCGUGAUCCUCGACAGCCUCCCUCACCCCUACGCCAUCGCUGUGUUUAAGAACGAAAUCUACUGGAACGACUGGUCGCAGCUGAGCAUUUUUAGAGCAUCCAAAAACAGUGGCUCUGGAAUGGAGAUUUUAGUCGGGCGAUUAAACGGCAUCAUGGACAUGAAGAUAUUCUACAGAGGAAAGACGACAGGGGAGAACGCCUGCAUCGCCAAGCCCUGCAGCCUGCUCUGCCUGCCCAAGUCCAACAACGGCCGGAGCUGCAGGUGUCCCGAGGGCGUUCCCAGCACCACGCUGCCUUCCGGGGAGGUCCGCUGCGACUGUCCUCGCGGCUACGUCAUGAGGAACAGCACCUGCGUCAAGGAAGAAAACACCUGCCUGCCGAACCAGUACAGAUGCUCCAAUGGGAACUGCAUAAACAGCAUUUGGCAGUGUGACAACGAUAACGACUGUGGGGACAUGAGUGACGAGAAGAACUGCCCCACGACGGUGUGCGACGCCGAGAGCCAGUUCCGCUGCCAGGGCUCGGGCACCUGCAUCCCGCUCUCCUACAAGUGCGACCUGGAGGACGACUGCGGCGAUAACAGCGACGACGCGCACCAGUGCAGAGGUGACGAGUUCAGCUGCAGCUCCGGCAUGUGCAUCCGCCUCUCCUGGAUGUGCGACGGCGACAACGACUGCAGGGACUGGUCCGACGAAGCCAACUGCACCGCAGUGUCCCACACCUGCGAGGCCUCCAGCUUCCAGUGCCAGAACGGGCACUGCAUCCCGCAGCGCUGGGCCUGCGACGGCGACGCCGACUGCCAGGACGGCUCCGACGAGGACCCUGCGACCUGCGAGAAAAAGUGCAAUGGCUUCCAGUGCCCCAAUGGUACUUGCAUCCCAACCAGCAAACACUGCGAUGGCAUCAACGACUGCUCCGACGCCUCGGACGAGCAGCACUGUGAGCCCCUGUGCACCCGCUACAUGGAUUUCGUGUGCAAGAACCGGCAGCAGUGCCUGUUCCACUCCAUGGUGUGCGACGGCAUCGUCCAGUGCCGGGACGGGUCGGAUGAGGACGCCAGCUACGCGGGAUGCUCCCAGGACGCAGAGUUCCACCGCACCUGCGACCAGUUCAGCUUCCAGUGCCAGAACGGCGUGUGCAUCAGCCUGGUGUGGAAGUGCGACGGCAUGGACGACUGCGGCGACUACUCUGACGAAGCGAACUGUGAAAACCCCACGGAGGCCCCCAACUGCUCCCGGUACUACCAGUUCCAGUGCGGCAACGGGCACUGCAUCCCCAACAGGUGGAAGUGCGACGGCGAGAACGACUGCGGCGACUGGUCGGACGAGAGGGAGUGCGCGGGUUCUCCGGUUCUCCCCGUUUCCACACCGGUCCCUACCACGUGUCUGCCCAAUCACUUCCGCUGCAACAGCGGGGCCUGCAUCACCAACAGCUGGGUCUGCGACGGCUACAAGGACUGCGCCGACGGCUCCGACGAGGACGCCUGCCCUACUCUGCGACCCAACGUGACGGCCACCUCCCCGGCGCUCGCAGGCCGCUGCGGCAGGUUCGAGUUCGAGUGCCCACAGCCACGCAAGUGCAUCCCCAACUGGAAGCGGUGCGACGGCUCGCGGGACUGCCAGGACGGCGCCGACGAGAGGAGCUGCCCCACCCGCAGCCCGCUGCCGUGCCCCAACGGCUACAAGUGCGAGGACGGCGAGGCCUGCCUCGUGCUGACGGAGCGCUGCGAUGGCUACCUGGACUGCUCGGACGGCAGCGAUGAGAGGAACUGCACCGAUGACACAAUCGUGUACAAAGUCCAGAACCUCCAGUGGACAGCUGAUUUCUCCGGCGAUGUCACAUUGACCUGGGCUCGGCCAAAAAAGAUGUCCUCGACCUCCUGUGUCUACAACGUGUAUUACAGGACAGUUGGCGAGAGCAUUUGGAAGGUUUUGGAAACGCACAGCAACAAAACGAACAGCGUUUUGAAAGUUCUCAAGCCAGACUGCACCUACCAGGUGAAAGUCCAAGUGCAGUGCCUCAGCCGCGUGUACAACACCAACGACUUCAUCACGCUGCGCGCACCCGAAGGACUACCGGAUGCUCCCUUUAACCUCCAGCUGUCCUUAAGAAAAGAAGCCGAGGGGGUGGUGACGUGCCGCUGGAGUCCUCCUGUGAACGCCCACGGGCUCAUACGGGAAUUCAUCGUGGAAUACAGCAGAGGUGGAUCCAAGGAGUGGUCAUCCCUGAGAACUACCAAGAACUCUACUGAGAUCAAGAACCUACAGGUCAACACGUUAUACAUUGUUAGAGUUGCUGCAGUAACUAGUCGAGGAGUGGGAAACUGGAGUGAUACCAAAUCCAUAACCACCAUAAAAGACAAAGUCAUUCCUCCACCUGUCAUACAUAUCGAGAGCUACAGUGAAGACUCCAUAAGUUUCACCCUAAAAAUGAAUACUAACAUCAAGGUCAGCGGUUAUGUAGUGAACAUCUACUGGACCUUUGAUACACACAGGCAAGAAAAAAGGACUCUGAUCAUAGAAGGAGAAAAAUCGCUCCAAAAAGUGGCUAACCUGACAGCGCACACUCCCUACGAAAUCUCUGUGUGGGCUAGGACAGAGCUGGGCGACAGCCCCCUGUCCUUUGCACGCGUUGUGACCAGCGGGACGAGACCUGUGUCCCCAAGUCUCAAAGCCAAGGCCAUCAACCAGACCGCGGUGGAGUGCAACUGGACCGGACCGAGGAACGUUGUCUACGGCAUCUUCUACGCCACGUCUUUCCUAGAGCUCUACAGGAGCCCGCACAACACCACCACCGCUUCUCACAACAUCACCGUGAUCGUGAACAGAGAUGAGCAGUACUUGUUCCUGGUCCGUGUGAUGUCUCCCUACCAAGGACCACCCUCCGACUACGUCGUGGUGAAGAUGAUCCCGGACAACCGGCUCCCGCCUCGGCACCUCCACUCUGUGCUCACCGCAAAGACAUUUGCGGUCAUUAAGUGGGAAUCGCCCUACGACUCGCCCGACCAGGAUAUGUUAUACGCUGUUGCAGUUAAAGAUUUAGUAAGAAAAACAGAUAAAAUCUACAAAGUGAAAACCCGGAACAGCACAGUGGAGUACACCAUUAAAAAACUCGAACCAGGAGGCAAAUAUCACGUUAUCGUUCAACUGGGAAACAUGAGCAAAGAAUCCAGUAUGAAAAUCAACACAGUUCCCCUGUCUGCACCAGAUGCCUUAAAAAUAAUAACAGAAAAUGACCAUAUUCUGCUGUUUUGGAAGAGUUUAGCACUUAAGGAAAGCAAUUUUAAUGAAAGCCGGGGUUAUGAGAUUCACAUGUUUGACAGCUUGAUGAACAUCACGGCUUAUCUUGGGAACACCACAGAGAACUUCUUCAAAGUGUCCAACCUGAAGAUAGGUCACAACUACUCCUUCACGGUUCAGGCCAGAUGUCUGUACAGCGGACAGAUGUGCGGGGAGCCAGCCACGCUAUUGUACGAUGAGCUCGGGACCGGUGAAGAUUCCUCUGCAUCGAAAAGCGGCAGAUCCACAGACGUCGCGGCCAUCGUGGUACCGAUACUGUUCCUGUUGCUCGUGACGCUGGGGAUUGGGUUUGUGGUGCUGUACAUGAGGCACAGGAGACUGCAGAACAGCUUCACGGCCUUCGCCAACAGCCACUACAGCUCCCGCCUGGGCUCGGCCAUCUUCUCCUCGGGUGACGAUUUAGGAGAUGAGGAUGAUGAAGCUCCAAUGAUAACUGGAUUUUCAGAUGAUGUUCCGAUGGUCAUCGCAUGAAGCGCGUUUCUGAUUGUAAAAACCAAAUGGUGUAAAUAUUUUAUUUGAUAAAAAUAGUUGAUUGUUUAUUUUAAAAAGCACUUUGAGUUGCAAUACGUUAUUUUUAUAUGGGCCAAAAAAUUUUAAAAAUUACACUUUGUAGUAAUGGACUGUGAAUCGCAAACUAGGUUGAUUUAGUAACAAAUUGUUUUGAGUUAAUAUUAAUUUAGUCUUACAAGGCUAUGCUUGCUGGGCAUGCUCUUAAGUCUGUGAGAUACUUUCCGUUGACUAAAUUGGCUAUUCAUUUUAUUUUUCUAAGACAAGAAUAAAUUUAUUUAAAAAGAAUUCAGGAGAUUAUAUAUGUAGAGAGAGAGAAGUCAUAUAGUCCCUGAAGGUUUUGCUUUUACUGAAAAAAAAUCCUUUGGACUUUGUUUUAUAUGAAAGUAUUUUUGUUGUGUUAAUUUAUUGGGAAAUCUGCUUGAGAACAGAUUUCCAAAGUCGUCAGACAUUGUACACAUUAUUGUGUAGAACAUGUGCCACUUCAUCGUGCAAGGCAGGAGUAUUUUGGCAUCCCCAUCAGUGUUCUUGCCACGAUAAUAAAAAUCCUUAUUUUUA